AAUGCCAUAUAUUGAUGACUGACUCAACUUCCAACUAAUCCUAUCAUUUCAAUUAUUGUUUUUUCUUAGGGCCACCACACACUGUUGAUGGACUAUAGUUCCUCCCUUCACAGGACCACCCGAACGCUGCCGUUUUUACCUUUCGCGGUAAAACCUAAAGCCCCCCAUUCCUUACUUACCAAUAAUUUUACUGGCCGGAGGUCCCUCCAUCGGAGCCUCGUUGUUGCGAGGGCGGGGCCUAGUCACUGUGAGUUCAGUAGUAGCCCGUUGAACACGCCGAUCGAGUUGAACUCAGCGGCCGGCAAGUUUUUGAGCAGCGUCUUGCAGAACCAACGGCAAUUCUUUAAUGUGGCGGUGUCUGAUGAGUUGAAACAGUUGGCUGAUGAUCGUGACGCGGCCGUUACUCGGAUGUUACUGAGCUCUGGCUCCGAUGAAGCUUCACUUCAUAGAAGGAUUGCCCAGUCGAAAGAACAUGAAUGCCAAACUGCUGUUGAAGAUGUUAUGUACAUGUUAAUAUUUUACAAGUUCUGUGAGAGCAGAGUUCCCUUGGUACCAAAGCUCUCUAGAUGCAUCUACAAUGGCAGACUAGAAAUUUGGCCUUCAAAGGUUUGGGAACUAGAAUCCAUUCAUAGCCUGGAGGUUUUGGAGAUGAUAAGGGAACAUAUCUCUACUGUUAUUGGCUUGAGAGCUAAUUCCAGUGUCACAGACAAUUGGGCAACGACUCAGAUACGACGACUCCACCUUGGUCGUGUAUAUGCUGCUUCAAUCUUAUAUGGUUACUUCCUUAAGUCAGCUUCAUUAAGGCAUCACUUGGAAUGUAGUCUUGCAUUAGCACAUCAAGAUCUUCAUGUUAGUAAUAGGAACUCCCUUCAGCUCCCAGAAAUGUGGCCAGGUGGAAUGAAAAAUAUUGUUUUUGGCCGCAUUAACAAUUUACAAUCUGUUGCUUUGGGUCAAGGGUCAACUAAACUGGAAUCAAAUCGAGAAAAUUUGAAGUGCUAUGUCAUGGGGUUUGACUCAGAAACCUUGCAGCGAUGUGCAAAACUGAAAUUUAGGGAAGGAGUAAAUUUGAUUGAGAAGCACAGCCUUGCACUCUUUGGGGAUGAAAAGGGUUUGCUUGUGACUGAUGAGGUGAUCUCGACGUCAUUUUCAAGCCUGAAGAGGUUGGUUUUGGAGGCAAUUGCCUUUGGAUCUUUUCUUUGGGACACAGAAGAAUAUGUGAACUGUGUAUAUAAGCUACAGGAAAACCGUUCAGAGGGAUAGGUAAACUAUAAAUAAAGGUUGAGGUGGUUGUUUUCUUGUACAUGGAGUUUGGAUUAGAUUGUGAGCGCUCAGUGAUUUCCGGUUUCUGGUCGAAUAGUGUAUAUUGUUUAAUAAAUAAUAACACUUGUAAAAUCAGUUUCUACCGGUAUUUGUUUGUAAAUUUCAUGUCAUCAAUUAUUCCAUCGUUCAGUUUGAUUAA